AUGGCAACCACGACGGCUGUCGAGAAAGCCGGUCCGCUGAGCGUCCCGAGACACGGCGGCGGCACCGACUCGUCGCCGUCGACGCCGGCCGACUCGAUCCCCGCCGUCGCUCCGCCGUGGCAGCUCACGGGCGACGUGUACCUGUUCUCGUGGUGGUCGGCGGCGUCGACGCUGCCGGCGCACGCCUACUCGCCGCUGGAGGCCGGGUCCAAGUUUGCGGCGGCUGCGUCCGGGCAGGCGGUGGGCGGGCUGGGUAUGAUCCAGAUCCUGCGCUAUCGCGACUCGCCCGUCGGUCCGUACGACGAGAUGCUGCUUGUGCCGGGCUCCUUCGACUGGUCCCGAGAGGCUUCGGCUGGCCGGCCGGCCGAGGUGGGGCGCAACCCGCGCAUCUCGCGCAUCUACGUGUCGCAGAAGCACUCGUGCUACAACGGACGGAGGAACUGGAACAUCCCCAAGCACCUCGCGCGCUUCGACUGGCGCUUCGGCCCCAACGGCCGCGUCACCGUCAAGGUCUUCCCGCACGACACCCACGGCGACGCCUCCGAGGCGACGCCCGACGCCGUGCCCUUCUUCCAGGCCACCUACUCGCCGCUCCGCCUCGCUCCCGCCUUCCCCUUCGCCACCGGCUGGCUCAGGUACCUCGGCCUCGACACCAAGGUGGUCAUGCCGCCGCUGCCCCGCGGCCCCGGCGCCCACGGCGAGCUCCCGGGCACCAACUCGUGGUGCUCCUUCCUGCCCGACCAGUACAGCCGCCGCGCCCGCCUCGGCUGGUUCGACAUUGCCCAGCGCCCCGGCCCCGGCGGCCCCGGCGGCCCCCUCGACAACUUCUGGCCCGGCCUGCGCCGCUGGCAGCUCGGCCUCAAGAUGGAGAACGCCGCCCUGCGCUUCGACGAGCCCGUCGACGUGUGGCCCGCGCAGAGGGCCAAUCUGUAG